CUUAAGCAAGAGGGCAAAUCUCGGAGGCCUGAGAAGUCCCUAGAUCGACUUUAGCAGCGGGGGUGGUCCGAAUGCCCAGAUGUAGGCGGGUCACCUUAUAAAUGUGUAUAUUAUACCGCGAUGUAGCCACAGGAAGAACAGCAUCAGUGCUUGAGUACUGUUCUUGGGACAGCAGCUUUCAAGAUGUUUAACUCUAUCAUGAUGCUAUUGCGGCGCUCGCCAGCCACUCUAUUGCUCACAGCUAUAACCUUUAUACUCUGCCUUGCCGAUGUCACGUCCGCUGUCAAGAUCAGGGGCGGUGCCGACCCCACGAUUAUGAAAGUUGGAAACAAUUACUACUCAGCCGAGUCGGCCGGUGGUGGCAUCUGGGUCCGCGAAGCAGCAACAAUCGAAGGGCUCGGCGCUUCAGAUGUCCGAAGGGUGAAUGUAUGGUCCGACACUGCCGGCAGAGGCGAUGUCUGGGCCCCGGAGAUCACCACCGACUCCGGCCGUACCUACAUCUAUUUCUCAGCCGGAGUGAGUGCUGCGCACCGCAUGUAUGUCAUCAGCGCCGACUCGCCGCUGGGGACGUACUCGACCGAGUCGAAGCUCAACCUGCCGGACGACCAGUGGGCCAUCGACGGAGCCUUCUUCGUGUUCGAAGGGCAGGGCUGGUUCGUCUGGUCCGGCUGGGCCAGCGAGACCAACAACGCCGAGCAAAACCUCUAUAUCUGCCGCAUGAACAGCCCCACCCAGCCGACCGGCGGGCGCUACAUCGUCUCCCAGCCACGCGAAUCAUGGGAGCAAGGCGACAACCCGCGCAUUAACGAGGGGCCGGAGAUCAUCAUCGACCCGAACGGCCAGCUGCACAUCGUGUACUCGGCCAACGGCAGCUGGGCCAGCAAGUACUGCCUGGCUGACCUGCGCCUCCGCAAGGGCGGCGACCCGACCUAUGUAUGGGACUGGUACAAGUCGAACGGCUGCCUCUUUGGCUCGCACCAGGACAGGAUGAUGCAAGGCUGGGAUGCGACUCUGUUUAUCGACGGGCCCGGGCAUCACACCUUUGCGCUCCAGGAUGGAGAUAUCAACAAGAGCCCUGGUGGUACCAACCGUAUCCCUUUCGUGUUCCAUGGUGUUGAGAAGGGCACCCCUUACAGCUGGGGUGCUCGCAGCUGGUUCACUGGCUCUUUUGUCUGGUGGAGCGAGACCACCUACAGCCGUGGGAACGUCCCCGGGGACAGAACCAACAAGGGUUAUAGCUUCAAGUUUUUUGAGUAAAUAAUCGAUAGAGGUUAUGUAACUAGAUACCUAGGUAUAUAGACACGAUUUGUAUAAAGGAAGCUUGAGCACAUA